GUAGUGGUAUGUCGUAUGAGUUCUAGUAAUAUUAUAGUUGUAAUUGGAGUUAACAUUCUUAUGAGGCUGCAUUUGAUACAUUUCUCAGUUUCCGAUGAUGAUGAAAUAGACUACUCCAUCAAACCAGAAUUCUAUGAUCCAAAUCUUGAUGACAAAGAUGAAUUAUGGGUUCAAAAGCAAAGGAAAGGUCAUUAUUCUGAUGCUGUGCUUAGCUGCCCAGCUUGCUUCACUACGUUAUGUCUUGAGUGUCAAAGGCAUGAAAAAUACGUGACCCAGUACCGGGCAGUUUUUGUUUCCAACUGCAAGAUCAAGACUGAUGAAGUGUCGCCGGUAGGUCUGAAACGAAAACGGGGCAAAAGGAGGAUUGAAUAUGGAGACGGUGGUGAAACAUUUAAGCCAGUAUGCUGCUCAGUUUGUUCAACUGAGGUUGGAGUAAUCGAUGAAGAGGAAGUCUAUCAUUUCUUCAAUGCUCUUCCAAGUGAAUGUUGAUUUCUUAGGUUUAACAAAAUUUGAAAAUUUGAAGAUGGUUCAAAAUGCAAUUACAACAAGGGCCUGUCAUUCAUUCAGGCAAGUCUCCU